AUGGAACUUAAUUUAUUAUUUCGUUUAAUUGCAUUAAGUAUAUGUUGUAUUUCUGCUCCUAGCCUUGAUUACACAUUUAAAAUAUUAAUAAGAGUAAAUGAAUCAACAUAUUUUAUUAAUGAUAUAGAUGGUUUAUCUACUAACAAUAGUUUUAUUUAUUUAUUAGAAGUGUACGAUGAACCAUAUCAAUUAGUCAAACUUAAUACAAAUACUAUGAAAUCUAUUAGUAACUGUGUCUUACCACUACAUUAUAAUGAUACUCACUUCACAGAAAUGUUUUUCAUUUUACCUUUCAAUGAUGAAUUAUUAUUUAUUGGUUAUACAAUCGAUUUAGGCACAUCUAAUUCUGCUUAUAUUUUAUGGGGAAUUGAUUUAACUUCAAUGAUACUAACUAGAUUUAAACAAACAUUCUCAUAUAAACAAUGGUCUAAUUAUGCAUUUUUUCAAGCAAUUCCAACACAGAAUAAAAUUAUUAUUAAUUUGAGUCAA